UGAAGGAGCCUGGGACUCCGCCUGAGGAGCCCUGGGUGGCAGAGCCACCAGCUGAGGAGCAGCCCUGCAGCUCUGGGUCCACGUGGAGCUGCCGGGCCACCAUGCUCAGCCUCAAGCUGCCCCAGCUCCUUCGAGUCCACCAGGUUCCCAGGGUGUUCUGGGAAGACGGCAUCAUGUCGGGCUACCGGCGCCCCACCAGCUCCGCCUUGGACUGUGUCCUCAGCUCCUUCCAAAUGACCAACGAGACGGUCAACAUCUGGACCCAUUUCCUGCCCACCUGGUACUUCCUGUGGCGCCUCCUGGCGCUGCUCGAGGGCCCGGGCUUCCGCGCCGAGCCCUACGACUGGCCCUUGCUCAUCUUCCUGCUGCCCGCCUGCCUCUACCCCUUCGCGUCGUGCUGCGCGCACACCUUCAGCUCCAUGUCACCCCGCGCGCGUCACAUCUGCUACUUCCUGGACUACGGCGCGCUCAGCCUCUACAGCCUGGGCUGCGCCUUCCCCUACGCCGCCUACUCCAUGCCGGCCUCCUGGCUGCACGGCCGCCUGCACCAGCUCUUUGUGCCCACCGCCGCCUUCAACUCCCUCCUGUGCACCGGCCUCUCCUGCUACUCCCGGUUCCCAGAACUAGAAAGUCCUGGGUUCAGCAAGGUUCUCCGCACGGCGGCCUUCGCCUAUCCCUUCCUGUUCGACAACCUUCCACUCUUCUACAGGCUGGGGCUGUGCUGGGGCCGGGGUCACAGCUGCGGACAGGAGGCGCUGAGCACCAGCCACAGCUACCAUCUCCUCUGUGCCUUGCUCACUGGCUUCCUCUUUGCCUCCCACCUGCCAGAGCGGCUGGCGCCUGGGCGCUUUGACUAUAUCGGCCACAGCCACCAGCUAUUCCACAUCUGUGCAGUGCUGGGCACCCACUUCCAGCUGGAGGCGGUACUAGCUGAUAUGGGAUCACGCAGAACCUGGCUGGCCACCCAGGAACCCCCCCUGGGCCUGCAGGGCACAGUGGCCACCCUGGGCCUGGCAGUGGCUGGGAACCUGUUCAUCAUUGCUGCCUUCACAGCCUCCCUGCUUCGAGCCCCUGGGACCUGCCCCCUGCUGCAAGGUGGCCCGCCAGAGGGGGGAGCUCAGGCCAAGCAACAGUGAGACUCAUCCCUGACCUUGGCCUGGAGGGAGGCAGAGACCAGGACCCAGUGCUUCUGUGGAGCCCAGACCAGGCCUGAUAAGGUGGGGGCACAUCUGAGCCUGGAGCCAAGAGUAGCUGAGAAGAGAGGGAGGGCAGAAGAGAGGAGGGACAGACGGAGGGAACUGGCAGAGUGSGAGGGCCGUGAGGGGCUCUUGGAAGGAGUGGGUAAGUGCCGAGGGUCUGUGAGGGGAGAUGGGAGGAGAUGCGUGUGUCCAGGUUGGAGCUGCCCCCGGGCCCUGUUGGGGGCUGAAACAGGGAGUGUCGGGCCCUUUCACCUGGCCCAUCUCUGGUGCUCCCCGAAGUCUCCGCUCAGCCCAGAAGAACUGACUUGACUAACCUAGGCCUCUCCUGAAUGCUUGUUAACCAGCAAGGGCCACACAUUGGCUCCCCACCCCCCAAAACGAGGUAGCACCUUCUUUGCCAGCAGCUUUUUGCCUAGAGAUGAGUCUGUCCUGGUCACAGCUGUAUACUCAAGAUGUCCAGGCCUUCAGGGGCUGGUGUGUUUGCUGUGUCAUGGCUGAUUCAGUGGACUGGUGUAAGGGGUGCUGGGCCAGAGCUGGGAAGCCUAGUUAGCCUUAGGAAACCACCUUCUAUGCUUUCUGGAACAAAGCAGCUACGAUAAAUAAACAAACAGGACUUCGGGAUGCACUUUGUGGGACUGAAGAAGGUGACACUUUCCACUCCAUCCGCCAAGCCCCUCCCCCACAGACUGGACAGACUCACAGCCCAUCAAUUCCUCCUCUGGACUUUAUUUUGGACCAGCUGGGAUGCCCACACUGGCA